CAGCAUCUUCGUCCUCGACAUUGAGCAGGAAUAAUGCUACUUUGCCAACGUCGAGUGCCGUCAACUCGACUACCUCGUCUGUGAUUCGCCCUACCAGCAGCGCAGCAAUCCCCUCGUCUUCUACGACGUGAGUUUGACCCUGUCAAGUCAUCGGCUGGUCCAUUGACGAAUAGCUUAGGAUGACGACCAUCAGUACUGAUGAAGCUGGUUCCACCAAGAUCAUCACUCAGGUCGUGACUUCCAUUCCCUCCAGCACCCCAUCUACCGAUUCCGAUGCGGCGAGCAAUACCUAUACCUCAAGCAACAACGAAGACAGCAGCUCGUUAUCGACUCCCGCUAUCAUUGGUAUUUCGGUCGGAGCUGGAGUCCUUGUUCUGUCUCUCAUCGCGUGUGCUGUCUGGCGUAUGAAGCGAAGGCAUGGUGAUGAGGAUGAGGCUAUCAGAUGGCCCGAGUUGAAUCGUCAUGGAGAUGCUGACACCCACCAUGCAUUGCCCGCAAGAGUCACUGGGCAACACGGUAUUGAGACCAAUCCAUUGGUGAGUCUCAGCUUUAAGUCGAGUCGAGCAGGCCGACUGAUACCAUUCACAGCAACGCUCCUUGUCCAAUUCUUCGUCCAUCUUCGCUCCAUCCUCCAUCGCUCCCCCUCACUCUGCCCCGCCCAUGGCUCUCAACGGCUCUGGCUUCGGUGCCGCAUCGUCUUUGGAAGAUUAUGAUUAUGAUUACCGGGACAAGCAUGAGAUCCCACCUGUUCCCGCCAUGCCAACUUCAUCGAUGUCACCGUCCCAUUACUACAGCGGAGGUUCACCCAGAAUGGACUACGAUGAUGAUUACGCCAGCCUUCCGCCUGCCGUUGGCAUGGCUC